AUGAUAUAUGCUCGUAAUAUAUUACAAAAAGGUACUAUUACCAGAUUCUAUACAACAAUAACCAAUAAAAUAUCGACUGAAAAUAUUACUAAAAAGACAAUCAAAAGACCACCAUUCUAUAAAGUGUUUCCAAAGAAAAAAUUUAUAAGUAAGAUUUUAUUUGAGCUAGGAUCUGAUCACACAUAUGGUAAAUUAUAUCCAAUAUAUGAAUCUAUUUACGAUAAUUUAGAUGGACCAGACGUUAAAAUUAAAGUUCCUCCUGAAAUUAAAGCAAAUGCCAUGAUGCUGAUGAAAAAAACAUUGGAAAGAGUUAGAUUUAAAACAAAAGCAAUUAACAAACACUUAUUAGCACUUGAAAAUGAAAUUUUGGAUAAAGCUGCAGAAAUGGGUGAUGAUGAUGCAAUAUCUUUAUUGGCAUUUGAAGUAUUAAAAUGUCCGGAGGAAAAUACAAAAGAAGACGUGGAAUAUGCCAAAAAAUUAAUAGAACAUUUAUAUAAAGUUAAGAAACAUCCACUAACAACAAAAUUGGCAGGUGACUUGGCAUUAAAAAAUAAAGAUUACGAUAAAGCUUUGAGUUUUUAUAAACAAUUUUUAAGUAAAGAAAAUGAUACAUAUUUGGCAGGCACUGUUUAUGAACAAAUAGGCAAAUUAUACUUCCAAACAACAAAUUUAUCUGAAGCGGAAAAUAAUUUUUUAAAAGCUAUCAAAUAUUCCCCCAUUGAACAGGUAGUACAAUCCUACUUCUAUUUAAGUCAGUUGUACACAAACUCAGAUCCACAAAAGUCUAAGAAAUAUCUGGAAUUUUGCGCCUCUCAAGGAUUUAAAGAAUCGUUUAAAUUGCUAGGGUUUUUGGAAAUGAACUAUUUUGGCGACUUAAUUAAAGCAAGAGAGUGGUUUGGUUUGGGAAUGGAAGUUUUUGAUUUAGAAUGUUAUGUAGGAUAUUUUGAUUGUUGUUGGAGACUGAAAAGUUGGGAAAAAUGUUGGCAUUGCUAUAGUUCGAUAAAAAAACUAGCUGCAACGAAUGAACGAGCAAAAACAUUAUUACACAAUUUUGAACUAUAUAGAAGAGACACAAUAACAGAAUUGAAUACAAUAGUCUCUAGAGAGGGCAUUGACCACGAUAAUAAGGUAUUACUGGAUAGAAAUGGUAGAUGGAAUUAA